CAGAGAUAGAGAGGAAUCCUGCCUGGGCCCUCCCAUCCAGCCCUCCCUACAAAUGCCUAGUAGCCACUCUAUGGGGCACAUCUGUCGGCUGGUACAAGCCCCAGUGACCACAGGAGGGCAAGAGAAACCUAAAUUCUGAUAUGAGCUGGAGAGGCAAGAUUAAUCUAAGAGAUAGAUAGGUAGCCACGCACUGGUGCUAAGCAAUCAACAGCAGGAGAGGCAGAGAUUGGGAUGAACAAAGGGAUCAUGGAAGGCUCCUUCGAGCUGGACUUGAAAGACUGGCUGUAACAGAGGAGGAAAUGAUUUUGAAUAGCCUCUCUCUGUGUUACCAUAAUAAGCUAAUCCUGGCCCCAAUGGUUCGGGUAGGGACUCUUCCAAUGAGGCUGCUGGCCUUGGAUUAUGGAGCGGACAUUGUUUACUGUGAGACCUCCGGAACUUUUUCAUCUUGUGAAACGGAAACCCUGCACCCAUUAAACAGCAAUUCCCCAGUUCCCCUUCUCCCAGACACUGAUGGAGUCUUGCUCUGUUGCCCACGCAGGAGUGCAGUGGCACCAUCUCAGCUCACUGCAACCUCCACCUCCCAGGUUCAAGCAAUUCUUCUGCCUCGGCCUCCCAAGGAGCUGGGACUACAGGAGCUGAUCGACCUCAAGAUGAUUCAGUGCAAGAGAGUUGUCAAUGAGGUGCUCAGCACAGUGGACUUUGUCGCCCCUGAUGAUCGAGUUGUCUUCCGCACCUGUGAAAGAGAGCAGAACAGGGUGGUCUUCCAGAUGGGGACUUCAGACGCAGAGCGAGCCCUUGCUGUGGCCAGGCUUGUAGAAAAUGAUGUGGCUGGUAUUGAUGUCAACAUGGGCUGUCCAAAACAAUAUUCCACCAAGGGAGGAAUGGGAGCUGCCCUGCUGUCAGACCCUGACAAGAUUGAGAAGAUCCUCAGCACUCUUGUUAAAGGGACACGCAUACCUGUGACCUGCAAGAUUCGCAUCCUGCCAUCGCUAGAAGAUACCCUGAGCCUUGUGAAGCGGAUAGAGAGGACUGGCAUUGCUGCCAUCGCAGUUCAUGGGAGGAAGCGGGAGGAGCGACCUCAGCAUCCUGUCAGCUGUGAAGUCAUCAAAGCCAUUUCUGAUACCCUCUCCAUUCCUGUCAUAGCCAACGGAGGAUCUCAUGACCACAUCCAACAGUAUUCGGACAUAGAGGACUUUCGACAAGCCACGGCAGCCUCUUCCGUGAUGGUGGCCCGAGCAGCCAUGUGGAACCCAUCUAUCUUCCUCAAGGAGGGUCUGCGGCCCCUGGAGGAGGUCAUGCAGAAAUACAUCAGAUACGCGGUGCAGUAUGACAACCACUACACCAACACCAAGUACUGCUUGUGCCAGAUGCUACGAGAACAGCUGGAGUCGCCCCAGGGAAGGUUGCUCCAUGCUGCCCAGUCUUCCCGGGAAAUUUGUGAGGCCUUUGGCCUUGGUGCCUUCUAUGAGGAGACCACACAGGAGCUGGAUGCCCAGCAGGCCAGGCUCUCAGCCAAGACUUCAGAGGAGACAGGGGAGCCAGCUGAAGAUACCUCUGGUGUCAUUAAGAUGGCUAUCAAGUUUGACCGGAGAGCAUACCCAGCCCAGAUCACCCCUAAGAUGUGCCUACUAGAGUGGUGCCGGAGGGAGAAGUUGGCACAGCCUGUGUAUGAAACGGUUCAACGCCCUCUAGAUCGCCUGUUCUCCUCUAUUGUCACCGUUGCUGAACAAAAGUAUCAGUCUACCUUGUGGGACAAGUCCAAGAAACUGGCGGAGCAGGCUGCAGCCAUCGUCUGUCUGCGGAGCCAGGGCCUCCCUGAGGGUCGGCUGGGUGAGGAGAGCCCUUCCUUGCACAAGCGAAAGAGGGAGGCUCCUGACCAAGACCCUGGGGGCCCCAGAGCUCAGGAGCUAGCACAACCUGGGGAUCUGUGCAAGAAGCCCUUUGUGGCCUUGGGAAGUGGUGAAGAAAGCCCCCUGGAAGGCUGGUGACUACUCUUCCUGCCUUAGUCACCCCCUCCAUGGGCCUGGUGCUAAGGUGGCUGUGGAUGCCACAGCAUGAACCAGAUGCCAUUGAACAAUUUGCUGGUCAUGCCUGGCAGAAGUUAGAUGUCCUGGCAGGGGCCAUCAGCCUAGAGCAUGGACCAAGGGCCGCCCAGGGGUGGAUCCUGGCCCCUUUGGUGGAUCUGAGUGACAGGGUCAAGUUCUCUUUGAAAACAGGAGCUUUUCAGGUGGUAACUCCCCAACCUGACAUUGGUACUGUGCAAUAAAGACACCCCCUACCCUCACCCAUGGCUGGCUGCUUCAGCCUUGGGCAUCUUCAUAAA